GUACGUACGUGAUGUCCUCCUAGCUACUAACUAGCACUCUGCGAACUGUGUAGCACGAGAGCAGGUUCUUAAAGAAGUAGGCAGUUAAUCAUCAAAAUUGUCUUCCCUCUUUAUUAUUCGAUUCUUGCUGACUUUUCGGCAGUAUGCCUGGAGUAAUUAAGUUACCAGCUGAUGAAGAACUAAAUACACCCGUGCUUCCUUUGACAUCAUCUGCAUUACGGGGUGGUGCACAUCAUUUCGCACGACAGUGUGAUAAACCUAACAAGGAGUUUAUGCUCUGCAAGGAAGAAGAGAAAGAUCCCAGGAAAUGCUUGAAGGAGGGUCAGAUGGUGACGGAGUGUGCCUUCAGCUUUUUUAGGCAAAUUCAGGCUUCUUGCAGUGAGUCUUUCACAGACUACUGGACUUGUCUUGACUACAGUGAACAAAAAUUCCAUCGUUGCCGUAAAACGCAGGGGAAAUUUGACAAGUGUGUUUUGGAUAAUCUUGGUUGGGUUCGACCUGAAUUAGGAGAAAUUAACCAGGUUACAAUUGUUAAGACUGAAAGACCUCAACCUGAGUCAUUGCUGAGGCCCAAGCCUGAACCAACGUAUAUACCAGAGAUUGAACCAGGCAAUGUUCCAGCUUCCAAGCAUGGAUCAAGGUUUUUCUUUUGGGGUUAACACAUUUCCAGGUUGUAUCAUAAUUUUAGUGUGACGGCAGUUAUUGGCUGUAUGGCUUCUGACUGGAACCCCUGAUCAAAGAUAUUGAUAAAAUAGGGAGACCUUCAACAUAGGGCUAUAUAGCUCACUUGGUAGAGCGCCGGCACGUUAAUCCGGAGGUCAUUGGUUCAAAUCUCAGUUCACUCUAGUCAUUUUUGGUUCACUCUAGUCAAUUCUUUGUUCAACCCCAAAAAUAGUUUAGAUGUUUUCACCAUUUUCUCAAUGUUUCUUGUUUGAAUUAUAUGCUUUUGUUUCUCAUUAAAUCAGUUUUUUUCAGACAGAUAAGAUUUAUUUAAAAAUAUUAAUAAUGACUUUCUUUGAGCUUACAUAUUUUAACUUGUUAACGCGCUGUUACCGGUUAAAUCCCUUUCAGAAAGACAGUUGUAAGCGAAAAAUAUAAACAGCAUGACUACACAGUUUUCAGAAUGGAAAGAAGGACUCUUGAGUGUGCUACUGUACCUGUUUAUUAGGGGUUGCCAUUAGCAAAAGAAACAGGUAUAAGUUAAUGUGUACAAUGUGUUCAAUUUAUCACUAAAUUAAGUGAUGUAUGAAAGGUUAUCAACCAGUCACCAUUUGGGUGGGGUUCUCCUCCCCUACCGGUCACCAUUUGUGUGGGGUUCUCCUCCCCUACCGGUCACCAUUUGGGUGGGGUUCUCCCCUACCGGUCACCAUUUGGGUGGGGUUCUCCUCCCCUACUGGUCACCAUUUGGGUGGGGUUCUCCUCCCCUACUGGUCACCAUUUGUGUGGGGUUCUCCUCCCCUACCGGUCACCAUUUGGGUUGGGUUCUCCUCUCAUACCGGUCACCAUUUUGGUGGGGUUCUCCUCCCCUACAUGUAUAUCUCGACUGAAUCAUAAGAAUACAUAAAUGGGCUUGGUCUUUGUCCAAUUGUUGUAUUUUGACCGAAAACCCAAUUAAAUUUGUAUUCUUGCUUACUUGAACUUAAAUCAUCAAUGCAAAGAAAACCGACGCCGAUUUCACAAGGCAAUAAAAAUCACCACAAGACAAAUUGUCAAUGUUACCAAAGUGAUUUGUAUUGUGACAUCACACUUUACUGAGCAGCUGCAAUUGAUUUGCAGUAAAAAUCAAUCUUAGCUCUUUGUGAAAUCGGCCCCAGGUCUUCACACUUUUACUCACUCGGUCAUGAAAAUAUAUUGGAAUGAACCAUUAUACAUAAAAUAAGAGAAAUGUGUCAGAUAUGGAAAACGUUUGUAUUACCAUGGUUUGUAUUUCCAUCACUUCCUCGUUUCCAAGUGACAUGAAACACAGCUCAAAAAGAGAUGCAUUGCAUCGAAAGGUUUCCAAACUUAACUAAAACAUUUAUUUUCUAUUCCGGUGAGCACAAAUCAAAUAUGAAACCAGUGGUAAAAUAUCUUCAUAAGGUGCUUUCUGUGGAUAAUCCAGAUACAAAGCAUUCUACAAAAACAAAAACAGUUGUUGAAAGUUACCAGUUAAAGAAAAGUAAAUUUGGUUUAAUUAAAAUUAGAAUUUUGGGGGAGUUGUGUUUUUGAGUGAUAUAAUAUUAUGAGAAUGAUUUACGUGUUAAAAUAAAUUGUUAUCAAAGACCGUU